CAAUAUUAGCAAAAUCUUAUCCACUUAUCGAAACUAAUUUCGAAGUUCGUGAAAGGUUAUAUAUGCCUGGUUUAGUUAUUUGUGGACCAAAUAUUAAUGUUCAACCAAAAUGUUAUUUGGGACUGACGGGCACUAAAGGAACCGAAUGUGAUAAUCGUUGGUGGGCUCAAAGACCUAUUGAAGAAUUCAAAUUUAUUUUCCCAGAUACAAUUGGAGAAGCUCUUGGUGGAUACGAAGUUACUGUUAACCGAGAACGUUUACAUUUCACAAUAUAUGACCUACUUCCAACGAUUGGUGGUUUCAUAGGAAUGCUUUUCUUAAUAUAUAGACUUUUAUGGGGUGACAAUCGGUUAAACCCGUUCGGAAUAUUUCAAAAACAUAUAUUUCGUUCGAUUCCAUCCAUUUCUUUUAACCAUUUUGGUAACGGGUAUGGCCUAUACAAUAAUGCUAUCGUUUUAGAUCGUAUUGAAAAACCACAAUCGGCUGCUAUAAAAACAAGAUUGAAACAAAUGUGUGAUGAUGACUCUGAUCAUAUUCAUAAAACUAGUUAUCCGUUUAAAGGUUUCGGGCCUGAACAACUUGAUGAAAUGAGAUGGUCUUUAUUAGAAUCAGGGGCAAAUCCUGGUACUGGCGGAAACGUUAAUCAGACAACAAAUUCUGACCAGCUUAAAGAUAAUAGUAAUAUUGUUGAAAUAGAAAAUAUCAGGAAAGAAGUUGAUCAAUUAAGACAAGAACUUCUUGAAUUGAGGAAUCUUUUACCACUUGGUCCAGGGACUGUUUACAUUCCUCAAAACCUCACUGUUCAGCAGGCCACUCAUUGUCAACCUGGUGGUAUGUGGGGUGUUAUUACGAUCGGUAAUACAUCUUCUUCAUCUCCAGGUCAGCCUGGUGGUGGUGCAACUGGUGCUAGUGGUCCAGCUAGUACUAACCCUCCAAAAUCUUUGGGUACUAAGAAUGUUACUAGUAAUUUUGCAAUGAUUUUUAUUGCUGUUUUUACUUGCAUUUUAACUCUUUGGUCUGGGAUAUUGGUCUAA